AUGGAAUCGCUUCAACCUUCUAUGUGUUAGUAUAACCCACUUCAACACCCAAAUGAUUAUUGUGCCAAUAAAUCAACCAUUUUGCUUGAUGGUAUAUCUGAUGGAAAGCAAAAACGAAUGAAAUGUGAAUACUGCAGAGGAAGAAGAGUUACUGACCCAGAUUACGGGAAUAAAGAGAAAGAUUUUGGAAAACUAGCAUUCCAUAUGAGUGGAUUUACCUCAGGAAAAUUUAGGAUUGAUGAUUUUGAGACUCUACUAAAUAUGGGCUAUACUAGAAGUGGGAAUUACUUUCAUUUCAGAGAUUAAGUGAAUAGCUGUUGUGAAGUUUAUUAAUAUAGAGUGGAUGCUACCAAAUUUCAACUCAAUCCACAUCAAAAGAGAGUGAUGAAAAGAUUUUACAAGUACUUACUUUAUGGUAAGGAAGCACUUUAGGAUCGACCAAGUACAGCUGCUUAAAUUAAAAUUAAGAAUCCUUAAGAAAAUGAGUAUAUUAUUAAGAUCAGAUAAGAUAUUGUGAAGAUUAUUUCUUGCUUUAAAUAACUUGAGCCAAUAGCAGAAAAAGUUAGAGUUUAUAUAAACAAAAAGAUGGUAUGUGUAUGCUCAAAUGUGAUUAAACUCAUAAAAUUGACAAUUAGUGAUGAAAAAGUGCAUCAGUAAAUUAUUUGGGAGUUUUCUAAAGCUUUUGGAAAAUUAGAAUACCGAGUUGAGGUAGCAGAUGAUUAUCUAAAUAUGUACAAACCAUUAGAAGAGAUGUAAAUUCUAUUUCCAGAUGAAUUUAUCGAGAGCAAAAUUGAUAAAUAAAUCAUGAGUGGAACAAUGACAUCAUUUUUCAGCAAAUAAGAUUACGAAGAUGAGGAGGAAAAAAAGGGAAUUGAUGAUGAUGAUAUUGAUGAAGACAUAUAAGAAGAUUUAUACGGCUAAGAAAUUCCACCAAAUGAAGAUUUCAAAGACUAUACAAUGGAUAAAAAGAUAUAUAACGAGAAAUCUUCAAAUUACUUCACUAAUUAUGUGAAAAAUUAUUUGCCUUUUAAUGAGGAGGAAGUCAAGCCCAAGCAUAUAUACACAAUUUCUCUUCAUAAAGUAAAGUAUAAUGAUGAACUAGGGAAUCUUUCUAGAAGAUAUGAGGCUUUUGUUCAUAAUCGCAAAGACAUAAAUAAAGAUUUUAUUCAAUCAUUUAUGUGCGAUAUUCCUACUUAUAACUAAAAUGAUCCUGUUGAAUCAAAGCUUCCAUCAUACCCAGAAAUGGUUGGUAUAGAUACUCAUAGAACUUUUGACUCCAAAGGUUUAGGAGUUAAUCCAGGGCCAGGGACCUACCAUAUGUAUCAUAGAAUUGAUGGAAGGCUUGCAGCAGUUGGAGUAAUAGAUAUUUGCCCCAAUCAGGUAUUCAACAGUGCAUAUUUCUUAUGGGAACCUGAUUUUAGAUUUUUAAAUAUGGGCACAGUAGGUGCUAUUGUAGAACUUGAAUAUAUGAAAAUGCUAAGAAUGAAAUACAAGAGACCCAAUUUGAAAUGGUAUCACCUUGGGGAACUUGUCACAAAGUGCAAGAAAAUUAAUUACAAACUGAACUAUCAACCAGGAUAUAUACUUUGUCCAAGAACAAGAAAGUACAUUCAAUACGAGUUGGUUAAAGAUAAAUUAGAACAGAUCGAAAAGAUGUCAAUACAAGAUAAAAAGAACUAAUUAGAGUACAUAAGACUAAAUCCUGACAUAAAAGUGAAUUAACCCAUUGAUCUCAACAUUGAUGAUGAUAUGCUUGACUAUGUUUACAAUCAAAAGUUCAUCUUAGAUGGAAAGGAAUAGUUGCUAAUAAGCAAGUAUAUAACAAACAAAACCUCUUAGUUAAAGAUUAUUAAUGGUCUGAUUGCAUUGAUGAAAUCUGUGGGCUUCACAUCAUACUCAAACUAUGUACUUGAGUAUAAGAGAGCUUGA